AUGGCAGAGCGCAGGAACCUGAAAGCAGACCCAGAGGAGCUUUUUACAAAACUUGAGAAGAUUGGAAAGGGCUCUUUCGGCGAGGUGUUCAAAGGCAUUGACAAUCGGACUCAGAAGGUGGUUGCCAUAAAAAUCAUCGAUCUGGAAGAAGCUGAGGAUGAGAUAGAAGACAUUCAACAAGAAAUCACAGUGCUGAGUCAGUGUGACAGCCCAUACGUAACCAAAUACUAUGGAUCCUAUCUGAAGGAUACGAAGUUGUGGAUAAUAAUGGAGUAUCUUGGUGGCGGCUCUGCACUGGAUCUGUUAGAACCUGGUCCUUUAGACGAGACUCAGAUCGCUACCAUAUUGAGAGAGAUCCUGAAGGGACUCGAUUACCUGCACUCAGAGAAGAAGAUCCACAGAGAUAUCAAAGCGGCCAAUGUUCUGCUAUCUGAACAUGGAGAGGUGAAGUUGGCUGACUUCGGAGUGGCUGGCCAGCUGACUGAUACCCAGAUAAAGAGGAACACCUUCGUGGGUACCCCUUUCUGGAUGGCGCCCGAGGUCAUCAAACAGUCAGCCUAUGACUCAAAGGCGGACAUCUGGUCCCUGGGCAUCACGGCUAUAGAGCUGGCGAGGGGGGAGCCGCCCCACUCCGAGCUGCAUCCCAUGAAGGUUCUGUUCCUCAUUCCAAAGAACAACCCCCCAACACUGGAGGGAAACUACAGCAAGCCCCUCAAGGAGUUCGUGGAGGCCUGUCUGAACAAGGAGCCAAGCUUCAGACCUACAGCGAAGGAGUUGCUGAAGCACAAGUUCAUCAUUCGCAACGCCAAGAAGACGUCCUAUCUGACUGAGCUCAUCGACAGGUACAAGAGGUGGAAGGCUGAGCAGAGCCACGAUGACUCCAGCUCUGAGGAUUCAGACGCGGAGACAGAUGGCCAGGCAUCAGGGGGCAACGACUCCGGGGAUUGGAUCUUCACUAUCCGAGAGAAGGACCCCAAGAAUCUUGAGAAUGGAGGCCUUCCGCCCUCAGAGUUGGAAAGAAGUAAGAUGAAAGACAUCCCAAAGAGGCCUUUCUCUCAGUGUUUAUCAACAAUUAUUUCUCCCCUGUUUGCAGAGCUAAAGGAGAAGAGUCAGGCAUGUGGGGGGAACUUGGGCUCCAUUGAAGAGCUGCGUGGCGCCAUCUACCUGGCAGAAGAGGCCUGCCCUGGCAUCUCAGACACCAUGGUGGCCCAGCUCGUGCAGCGCUUGCAGAGAUAUUCUCUAAGUGGUGGAGGCACAUCAUCCCACUGAAAUUCCUUUGGCGUUCGGGGUCUUGUUUUUCCUGUUUUCUUCUUCAUCCUCCCUUCUUUUUAAAAGUCAGCGAGAGCCUUUGCCGAUGGUGUGACCAGGGCCGCAACCAGGACAUGGAGCAGCCUCACCGCACCGGAGCUGCGCAAAGCCUCUCGGAUGGGCGGGGAGGGUCAGCUCCUUCAAGUGGUUGUUUUAUUUUUUUACUGUUUUUUAAUUUUAACCAUAGUGCACAUAUUCAAGGAAAGUAUCUUUAAAAACAAAAAACCAACCCUGAAAUGUAUAUUUGGGAUUCUGAUCAGGCAACUGAAGACAUGAAACCUCAGGUAUCCUGCUUCCGUGGCUCGCUCCCCGGGGGCUGAGGCGCGCCCUGGCGGAUGGGUGUACAGAUUUGUAUAUAGCUCGUUUUUACAGAACCCUCUGGCGCGCACAGGGAUCACUGAGCACUCACUGGCCAGGUGCUUCUGUAGAUAGUGUCCGUGGAGUAAAUGUUCGACAGGCCAUAACUUGAGUCUUACUGCCUUGCCUUUAAUACAUGUAAAUUUUGAAAUCUGUGACCAGUGAUUUGGAUUUUAUUUUAUAUUUGCAGGGUUUGCCAUUAAUAAUAAUUAAUGCCCCUCUCGUGGAACACUCCUAUUUGUACCUCAACAGAUGCAAAUUUUCCUCAUUUUCCCUACACCCUUUUGGUACACACAGAAGUUGAUUUCCUUUCUCAUUGAUGGUACUAUUUCUUAGUGUUUAAAUUGGAUCAUCUGUUGCCUCAUGAAGCUUUAAAUUAUUAUUUUAAGUCUUUCCCAGAUGACGCGCUCUCGUCUCACCUCUGUUUGGACCCGUGCCACCACCCGACGUCAUGUCCUCCCCAACACGAUUUCCGUUGCA